UGGCGCUAUUUUCUGUACUGCAGUACAACAGUACUGUCUUCCAGGAAUGCCGAUGAGACGAGAUUUCCCAAUGUCACGGCGAUCGGCGAGGACAUCAGCCACAGCCACCGCCCUUCCGCCGGCAGAGACUAAGAGACAAAAGAUGAAAGUCAAAAGAUGCAAGAAAGUAAGAAAAGAGAACAUGCUAGAAAAACAAAAAACAGCGCCAAAAUCCGCUCCUUUUUGCACCCUUUCACCUUUCAAAAGUGUUGCAGAUGAUUUGCUUUGUCGGAUACUGUUUGCUUUGCCCCCGCAGCCACUUCCAGUCCAUCCUCUCAAGUUCCCAAUCACCGAAGCGACCUCAGAUUUCCACUUGCUUGCACCAGAGAGAAUACUCGCGCACACGUCAAGCCCUAGUCGGAGAAAUAUUCCUUCCUGCGCGUGCUUCUCGACGCUCCCCCUUUAAACCGGUCCCCUCGAUCUCGUCGUUGUUGCGGCGGCGGACAUGGCUACGCUCGGAGAUAUCGGGGUUUCCGCGCUUAUCAACCUUCUGAGUGCAUUCGCAUUCCUGCUGGCGUUUGCGCUGCUGAGGAUUCAGCCUAUUAACGACAGGGUCUACUUCACGAAAUGGUACGUCGCCGGGAAGAGGAGCAGCCCGAGGCGCCGUGGGGGUAGUGUGAUGGGCAAAUUCGUCAACUUGGAUAUGAGGACUUACUUAACUUUCCUCAAUUGGAUCCCUCAGGCUUUGAAGAUGAGCGAGCAGGAGAUUAUCACCCAUGCCGGCCUUGAUUCUGCGGUUUUCCUGCGGAUUUACACCCUCGGCUUGAUGAUAUUCGGACCAAUAGCAGUUGUAGCAAUCCUAGUAUUGAUUCCAGUGAACGCAUCGGGUGGCACUUUAUUCCUUUUGCAGCGUGACUUGGUUGUUAGCAACAUUGAUAAGCUUUCGAUAUCAAAUGUACGCCCCAAAUCAUAUAAGUUUUUCAUCCACAUAUCAAUGCAGUACCUGUUUACGUUUUGGGUUUGCUUUAUGCUUUAUAAGGAAUACGGAAGAGUUGCAUCUAUGAGACUCAAUUUCUUGGCUCUUCAGGGCAGGUGUGCAGAGCAAUUCACGGUUCUAGUUAGGAAUGUUCCCCAUGAUUCUGGACGUUCAAUUUCAGAAUGCGUUGAAAGUUUCUUUCAGAGAAACCAUCCUGAUCAUUAUCUCUGUCACCAGGCGGUAUACAAUGCUAAAAAGUUCUCCAAACUUGUUAAGAAAAGAAAUAAGCUUCAGAAUUGGCUUGACUACAACCUACUUAAAUUCGACCGACAAAAUAAAAGGCCUACUAGAAAGAAAGGAUUCCUUGGACUUUGGGGUGAGAAAGUUGAUUCAAUUGACUUCUACAGAAAGCAGAUAGAAGAUCUUGACAUGAAAUUGACGGUGGAACGCCAAAAAGUUUUGAGGGAUCCGAAAGCCAUGACGCCUGCUGCCUUUGUUUCAUUCAAUUCUAGAUGGGGAGCGGCUGUCUGUGCACAGACACAACAGAGCAACUAUCCAACACUGUGGUCCACAAACCGGGCACCCGAGCCCCGUGAUAUCUACUGGAAGAACCUGGCAAUACCAUUUGUAUCGCUCACCAUACGAAGACUCGUGAUUGCAAUUGCUAUGUUUGCAUUGGUCUUCUUUUACAUGAUACCCAUUGCUUUUGUACAGUCAUUAGCAAAUCUGGAAGGCCUUGAAAAAGUUGCUCCCUUUCUCAGACCACUAAUAGAAUGGAAGGUUGUCAAGUCCCUCUUGCAGGGUUUCCUUCCAGGCUUGGCUCUGAAAAUCUUCUUGUUGGUCCUUCCGAUGAUUUUAAUGUUCAUGUCAAAAGUCGAAGGACAUGUGGCUGUCUCUGUGUUGGAACGAAGGACUGCUGCGAAGUACUACUAUUUCAUGCUUGUCAACGUGUUCUUGGGAAGCAUUGUUGCUGGAACAGCAUUCCAGCAGCUUUACGCUUUUCUUCAUCAAUCGGCUACCCAGAUCCCAAGAAAUAUCGGUGUGUCAAUUCCUAUGAAAGCAACUUUCUUUAUAACGUAUAUAAUGGUGGAUGGUUGGGCCGGAAUUGCUAGUGAAAUUCUUCGGUUAAAACCUCUGCUUAUUUUCCACCUAAAGAGAAUGCUCAUUGUCAAAACUGAGAGGGACUUGGAUGUGGCGAUGGACCCGAAAGGUGUUGAUUAUCCUGAGACUUUACCAAGUCUUCAGCUGUAUUUCCUUCUGGGCCUUGUGUACAUGGUUGUUACGCCAAUCCUGCUCCCUUUUAUACUCAUAUUUUUCGCAUUCGCCCAUUUUGUAUACCGGCAUCAGGUCAUCAAUGUGUAUAACCAAAAAUAUGAGAGUGCUGCGGCAUUUUGGCCACAUGUUCAUAGUCGAAUUAUAGCGAGCCUGAUAAUCUCACAAUUGCUGUUGAUGGGCUUACUCAGCACGAAAAAGAGUGUGAACUCGACUGCAUUGCUUGGGGCAUUACCAGUGCUGACUUUGACCUUCCACAAGUAUUGCAAGAAUUGCUUUGAGCCCGCAUUCAGAAAGUACCCUAUUGAGGCAGCCAUGGACAAAGAUUUGCAGGAUCGAACUAGCAAAUCUGAUGCCAACUUAAAAUUGUUCUUGGCUGAAGCAUACUUGCAUCCUAUUUUCCACUCUUUUGAAGCAGCUGAGUUAGAUGAAAUCAGAGUCGAUAAAAACCAGGCACACAUAGCUGGCAAUACGUCUGCUACUCAUCACGAUGAUGAGCCAACAGGGACUGUCCAGUGUCAUAAAGUCGAACAAUCUCACACCAUUGGCAGCUAUGAAUUUGAAUCUCAAAAGAAUACAUGCAAUUAUUAUGCUACGCAAUCGAAUCAUAUUGUCUAGUAAGGAAUAAUUUGGUAGGGAGAAAUUCAAGGGAAUUGCUGCCUCCUCGUUGGGGGCCAUUCACGCACUCUCUAUAUUGCAAUGGUCCAUCAUUAGAGACAAAAGGUUUGUGAUCAUUCCCCAUUUCCAAGUAAGUCCACACAAAGGUAUGAAUAUGCUAUGCUAUGCUGUGCUGUGCAUUCCCCUCCCCUUUUUAAGGUUUCUGCUUUGCAUUCCCCUCCCCUUUUUAAGGUUUCUUUCUUGAUGUCGUGUCAUGUCAUGUCAUGGCUAUGAAUCUUCAUCAUUCACAUCAAGAAUUGCCCAGCAAGUUUCUCAAAACUAAUCAUGCAUCUAUCUAAUCAAUCAAAAAGGGAUCUGAAUAUGCAAGUGAAGGAUUUAAAUUUCAUCUGUUAUACU